GCCGCUCCAGCGAACGGACGCCCCGAGAAUCGAGCUGUAGCCACAGUCCACAGAACUCGAAAUCGAAAUCGAACCCAUGACUUAUAUAUAGAGUCGAACGCUUUGUUUACGUGUCGUGACGCGAGUGCCAGCAGUUGUGUGCGUGUGCCAGACCCAAACAAACGAAAAGUUUCUGAAUCCAAAUCAAGAAAUCGCCAUGACUAGCACCACGGAUUACCCAGCGGUGGAGACCACCACCUCGGCCGAGGAGCUGUACGCGGAGUACAUAGCCGCCCCGGCCAGCAGCAUGAGCCCGGCUGCCAUUGCCGAGCACCUGCAGCAGAACCAGAUCACCUUCGAGAUACCCAGUGCCCACGACCUGCGGCACAUCGACGCCCUCAACUCCUUCAACGCGCUGCUCCAGAGGAUCGGCAACGCGGCCGUGUCCUACGACCCCGCUCCGCCCAGCGGCUGGUCCCCGGACGGCAGCAUCAGCACCGAGCAGCUCUCCAAGUCGGUGGUUCUGGACCUCGCCGACCUGCGGGACAGAGCCGAGGACUCGGCGGAGGCCUCCUGGUGGGGCCAGAUCUUCGGGGACGCCGACAUGCACGUGAUCAUCAACUAUCUGUGGAUCGGCGUGGUCAGCUCCCUGGUGGUGCUGUCCCUCGUCUUCAUCCUCUUCAGCUGCUACUUCUACCGGAAGUUCCGCACUUGGAAAAAAUGCAAUAAGGACAUACGUGCCCAGAUCCACGCGGCCAGCGACUCGUACUCCUCGCACCUGGUGGGCUGCGACGCCAGCCGCCUGCUGUUGCACCAGCAGAUGCAGGGGCAGCAUCCGCAUCCACACCAUCGCGGCAACGAGGCGGGCUUCUACCAAAUCGAAUCGCCACCCUGCUACACAAUCGCCACCGGAUUGCCCAGUUACGACGAGGCACUGCAUCAUCAGCCCCGGCACUUCGCCUACGGCAUGAAGUUCGUCUAUCCCUCGCUGGCGGCCGUGCAUCAUCAUCACCACUGCGUUUCCAAUUGGGAGAAGGACGAGCUGAAUAAGCUGCAAAAGUGCAAGCUGUCAGCGGCAGUGGAGGAGGAUAAAGUGGAGGCCUCCCAGUCGCCGUCCGCCUCGGAAUCGUGCAACUUGGCCGCAGCCACGCCUGCCAUUUGCAUUAACAUGCCAAAUGGGCGGCAGCAGGAUGCGCAGGAGGAGGAGGAGGUGGACUCCGCAGUGGCAGUUGCAGUGGCACAAAGUUUACAGCCGGCGGCGGCUGCCGACGAUGAUUGCGCCUCAUUGGUCGUUGUUGUUGCCGCGUGAUUGCCCAGCCAGGGGUCAGGGGUCAGGGGUUAAGGUGGGGCCGGGGGUGAAGGGUCAGGGCCGGAGACGGGGCCGGGAGUAGCAGCCCAAUUGCUUAGUCACUUGUAAAUAGUUGCAUCGUCUGCUAAUGUUGUUUGCCCCAUGUAAUAACAUAUAUCUCCGAAUGUGUCCCCCCCGCUCUCUUUAAGCAAAUUUAGUUUCGUUUUAGUUAUCUGUUAUAUUAUUGUAUUACGCAAGACUGAGUAUUAUUUAUUGUACCAUGUAUAAAACCGAAUUGUCUAUCGAUUAAGCCUUAAAUCUAAGUGAGAGUGAAACAAAAAAUAUAAAACUCCAAUGAACACACACGUUGCAACUAAAUUGAAAUUUUUGUUUUCAUUUCCUUAUCAUUUUUUCAGUUCCAAAUGCCAAAACUAAAGUUCCUCGAUUUUCAGUCCCUUUGUUGACCUUGCUGGCAGUGGACGAGUCCGAAUUCGAAUUCGUUUUCCAAUCCCUCAGAUACUCGUACUUGGCUAGAGCAAAUAUCAGAAGCCAUUUGGGGUUUCGGAUUUGGUUUUGUUUUGAAAUUAUGUACGUGACUUGGAUGCGGCCGGUCGAGAUUAGGUCAGCAGAAAUGCAUUGCAGCCGGAGAAUCCCCCAGGAACGUGCGGUGCUGAAAGCAUUUUUCAACGUCCCUUUUAAGUGUUACUCGAGGAUUUGGCCAAGUUAAGGAUUAACUCUAAAGAGUUUGAAGAGGACAUUAAGCUGAUUACACAAAAAACCAAAAUAAAUCAUCAUCUUGUACAGUUACUUAAGUGCCAUUUGAUAGACCCAAGAUGAUGAUUGGUUGUGUAAUUAUCAACCAUGGCUGUCUUGUACAUCCGAUAACUAUAAUUUUCAAAACUAUUUUCAAGUUCCAAGCAUUCAUAUUCAUUAUUUGAUUUUACUUCCAAAGAUUCCGCUUCAAUUUCCAACAGAUAAGUCCCCUUAGCGAAGACAUCAUUGAUCAAUAACUAACAAACACAGACAGUUUCUUAAUGUUGCAGUUACUACGAUUACAUAGAAACAUUAACUAGAGUUAAACCUAAAGCUAAAGCUCACAAGAAACCAAAAACAAUAUUGUCUACUAUGGGAAGGAGAAAAGGAGGAAAUUAAAUAUGCAAAAAUAUAUAUGAAAAGAUAUUAUCAACCGAAAA